AUGGCUUCAAGUCUUCUGAAUAAUUCGACGUACAGUCGAUUUAAUUUAUCUCAAAGCGAAUCAGACAUCCAAGUGUUUGUCAAAGAGUAUGCUGAUCGUAUUGAAGAACAAUUGACCCGCGAAGACGAAGGCAGUAAGAGUGCUUUCUUAUCGUUCGCUGAGAAGAGAUUGAGCUUAACCGACGUAGCAUGGCUUCAAGAUAACCAAGAGAGAUUUAUAAAGGAUACCCACAAUGAGAAUUUGAUAAGCUUAAACUAUUUGUCACAGACUGGGUUCAUUUGUUCUAUGAUUUAUUCUCCUGAUGGUGAACAUUUAGUUGUUGGCCAUUCUACAGGACUAAUUCAGAUGCGUCAUGGAAGUACAGGAGUUGUUCUUUGUACUUUACGUAACAUACAGUUUCCGCCGAAACCUGUUUUUGCUUUGGAGUAUAGUCGGCUAGAAGAGCGAGUGUGCUAUGCAACUUGCACGGAUGGAAUCAUAUAUCGUAUUGAGAUACCAAAUAUGGAUACAUCAAUUGAUGACCCACCAGCAUUUUGCAUUCGAGCGGAUCCGGCUUUAGAGUGCCUAAACACGCAAUACUAUGGGAGCCCUAGCAUUUCCUCCUGCUCUACUCCAUGGAUAACUCACCGAUCGGCUGCGCUAGCCCUGGGGAUAACGGCUAACCAAUCGAAAAUGGUUGUCGGCUACUCGGACACUUCCAUUAAAGUCUACGAUAUGGAGACAUUACAGGCGGAUACAACAUACAAGGUACAAAAGCUGCGCCUCCAGUUCAUACCAAAGAAGCUGCAGAGGAUACACUUUGGACAAGUGUGCGCUAUCCGUUGUCAUGACCAAAGACCCUAUAUAUUCGCCAGCGGGGCGUGGGAUAGAACUUUAAGGAUCUGGGACUUGAGAUGUAAAGUCGGAUGUGUGAUGACUUUUGAAGGAGUGAACAUUUGUGGUGAUAGUAUUGAUUUGAAUAGAGAUAACUGCAUCGUUGGUAGUUGGCAGCCGACUGAAGCCUUCACUGUAUGGGAUUUAGUUGCCAAGAAAAAGUUGCACACCGUCCGAGUGCAGAACAGACGGCCAGACGUCGACGGCGAAUAUAUUUACGCCUGUCGAUACUGGAGAUCUAAGGAGUUAAAUCGUAAAGGCAAAUACGGCAUCAUCGGCGGCAGCGGAACCAACUGCGUCGAGGUCAUUAACCUCCACAACCGAUACAUCAGCUGUUCCUAUCCUGCACAAGGAACAGUUCUGGCCAUCGCCAGCCACAAUGAUAGAAUUGCGUUCGGAGGCACCACGCCGGUUUUGAGCAUCGUAAGCUUCCACGAUCCCAAGCAUGAGAAGUAUGUUGUGGAAUCCGAACCGGAAUACGACUACACUGUCAGAGAUCCUCAUUGGUUUGAUGAUUAGAGUGAUACGGCUUGAAACAUAGAUAUACUCA